UCAAAUUCAUUGAAGUUAUUCAUGGAUUUGAAUAUUUGUAAUAAGCAAACUAUGUCUUUUAUCUUCAAUUUUAUGCAUCAUAUCUCAUUCGAGGGGAAGUAGAGACGAAUUAACAAAUGUUCUCUCUUUGCCUAUACCAGAUUAGAGUCUCAAUCUUCAACUAUCAACUUUUCCGCCACGUAGAGCAACCUGGUUGGAAGUUAAGCUGGGAUUGGCCUGGUAAGGAAGUAAUAUGGGAAAUGUGGGGUGCUGAAACUACAGAGCAAGGUGAUUGUUCUGCAAUCAAAGGAGACAGCCCGCCCCAUUGUUGUGAGAAAGAGCCCGUGAUUCUUGAUCUCCUUCCUGGAGCUCCAUAUAAUAAGCAGGUCGCAAAUUGCUGCAAGGGAGGAGUGCUGACAUCCUUGUUUCAGGACCCUGGAAAAUAUGUGUCUUCUUUUGAGAUGAGCAUUGGAAGUGUUUCCAAUGAUGGAUCCGGACCUCGUAUGCCUGAAAACUUCACACUUGGGAUUCCUGGAUAUACGUGUGGUGUUCCUGUUCAAGUCCCUCCAACCAAGUUCAAUGAGGAUCAAGGACGUCGACAGACUCAAGCAGUUGCUACGUGGGACGUGAUAUGUUCUUACUCCCAGUUUGGAGCAUCAUCUACUCCAAAAUGUUGUGUUUCCUUGUCUUCUUUCUACAGCGAAACAAUUGUGCCCUGCUCCACAUGCAGUUGUGGUUGUCAGGGACAGCGUGGUGCAGAUCAAUGUGUGAAGCGUGGUGAGGUGCUACCAGUUUUACAACUAGGCCCUAACGAACUGCCAACGCCAGUACUAGAAUGUACACGUCACAUGUGCCCAAUUCAGGUGCAUUGGCAUGUAAAGCAGAGUUAUAGAGAAUAUUGGAGGGUGAAGAUGACUAUUAGAAACCUAAACCAAGUUAGGAAUUACAGCCAGUGGAACUUGGUGGUCCUGCACCCGAAUUUGAGAAGCGUAACGCAGGUUUUCAGCUUCAACUACAAACCCCUUAAUCAGUAUGGUGAUACAAACGACACGGGGAUGUUUUAUGGGAUUAAGUAUUACAAUGACAUGUUGCUACAAGCAGGAAGGAGUGGGGUUGUGCAAAGUGAGUUGUUAAUGCACAAAGAUGCAGGGAUUUUCACAUUUAACGAAGGAUGGAUGUUUCCAAGAAAGAUUUCAUUCAAUGGAUAUGAGUGUGUUUUUCCUUCACCUGAUGAAUAUCCAAGGCUUCCAAAUGCUAGUCAAUUUUUGGCUCCUUCAAUAUUUACCAUCAUUGUAUUCUCCCUUUUUUUGAUAUUAACAAUAUUUUAACAAGUGUAAUUAGUAAUUAAUAUUAAUUUAUACAGUGAUAUAUAGUCUCUCACAAGAGGUCUUCUAUGCAUAAAUUCAAGGCCUAGAUGCAAGUAUGAGACGAUUAUAUGUUUUUUGGGUCGCAUGGUUGGGAUUGUGGGGUUAUGACGAUCUGAAAUGAUUUGUGAGUAAUCCAACAGAUUAACUAGGUUUUAUAUAGC